AAUCAGUAUUGAGUUAACAACAUUAACAGAUCCACUGAUGCACCACGUGGUUAAUGACUGGUAAGUAUUUUGCUAUUUAUAUUUUCAGAAACGAAAGUGAAAUAAAACUCGAAGGUCGUUUAUAGUGCAUGUUUUCUACGAAUACCUAUUAUAUAAACGGAAAUUGUAGGUAGUAAGUUGUGUUCUGUUAGAAAAUGCGCAAUACUAUUAAACAUAACCCGAAUAGAAUUAAAAUCAAAAUGCAUUUUUUCGGUUUACUCGCUGUGUUGGGUUUAAUAACUUGUGUGGCUGUGAGUACCGAAGAAGUCACCGACUUUAAGAUGUGCCGAAAAACGAAAUGCACAAUAUCAAACUUAAACAUUGACCCGUGUCCUCAAGCUCUUGAAGGAAAAGCGUGCGAAAUACCUGUUGGAUCUAACGCAACUAUAUUCUUCAACUAUAUUACUCAAUUCAGUUCAAUGGCUCCAAAAACUAAGAUAUGCGCCGUAAUGGGAUUAGUGGACAUGGCAUAUCCCGGCAUGGAUCCGGACGCGUGCCUUUACAUGCAACAAUGUCCAUUAAAAAAGUCGGUGGAGGGAUUCUAUUACUAUAGUAUUUUUUCAGAUGAUGACUCGUACCCAAAAGAUUCUUACACUUUGAAAGUGAAAAUUUGGAACGGCGACAAACGCGCAAGCAGUAGAGACGAAUGCUGCUUUACAUUUAAAGCGAAUUUAGUUUGAUACAAAAUGCGUUUACCUGUACAAAUGGUACAAACUACAUAGACGUCCCCGUUUAUUGUGUACAUAUAAAACAUAUUAAAUCGAUAAUCAUUUUUAAAUUAUAAUUAAUUCUAUAAAUUAUUAUACACGUGUA